UCGUUUUAGUUUUAGACAUUCCCUAACAGAAAUAACUAACUGGAAAAAUAUGUUGUAGUGGCCAAAGAAAAAAAAAGAGAUUGCAAAAUGGCAAGCAUUUCUAGGCAAGAACGAAGAAGAAAAAUUGUGGAGAGAGGCAGUGAUAGAUUAGCAUUAAUCACAGGCCAAAUCCAAAAUCUGAAUGAAUCUCCAUCUUCAACACCCACUUAUGCCAACAGGCAACAUACCCACACCGAAUCCUCACCCUCCAUUAUGUUCUCUUCUCAUGAUCAUUCCAAAAUCAACGCUGGUCCUGAUGUUAAAGAUAAUUCAAUUUCCAAGCUGAUGAAACUCAGGACUAUUAGUGCAAUUCCAGAAUCCAGAAACUAUGGUAGUCCAAAGAAAUCUGAAUCCCGAUUUCGUAAUGAAUCCAAAAGCUUCGACAGUCCAGAUCCAUCGGAAUCACAAGAUCAUGAAAUAACACCAAUUCCUGAAAAAUUAAAACCUCAGGAUUCUGAAACCAAGACAGGAGAAAUACAGAAAUCCGAGGUUGUGAUCCCGCAACCACAACCCCUUCCUAAUAAUCCACCACAUCACAUUCGGUACAAGUUUUUCUCUUCAAAACGGAUCAACGCGAGCAUCAUUGCUUCGGAGAGAACACGGGCUAUAUGUUCGCUCAUAGUAGCUUGUCUGGUGGUUAUAUCUUACAUUGAUUACCCUCUUUUCGGAAUAAACAUUGUUAGUUCCGAAAGCUUCAUUGCUUCCAGGCCUUUAUACAUAAUCCUGCUCACUGAUGUGACAAUUGUGUUUGCUCGUUUGUUCCGCGAGGGUGAAAAUAAUGGUUCCGAGGAGGUCGAGGUAGAAAAGAAGGAGGGUAUUAAAGAUGAUGGUGAUAAUUGGGAUGAUGCAGUGAAGCUAUUGGAGAGAGGUUUGGUUCUUUAUCAGGCCUUUCGUGGGAUUUUUAUUGACUGCAGUGUUUAUUUGGUUGUGGUUAUUUGCGUCCUUUCUUUAGCAUAAAGGUUUAUUAUGUUCACCGAUGAGCUGUAGCUCAAAUGCUAUGUGCCCGGAUAAAUUUCCGUUAAAAUUGUGGGAUCAGUUCCUCCCAUAAACGCCAAAAAUUUCCACUCUUCAAUUAUAGAUAUGCACAUUUUGUCUGUGU